AUGAAGCUUGCUCGCGCCUUUUCCACCAACGGCGUGCCGGCCAACAAGGUCAAAUUCGUCCCUACCUCAGGCACCUAUCCCAAGGGCUUCUCGGCAGCCGGUGUCUUCUGUGGCGUGAAGCCGGGGAACACCAGCAAGCCCGACAUUGCUCUGGUGACGUCGGAUCGCGACUGCGCUGCCGCGGCCGUCUUCACCAAAAACAAGUUCCAGGCUGCUCCCGUCACCUUCAGCCGAAACUUGCUUCAGAGAAAAUCCAAUGCUGGUCUGCGAAGCGUCAUUGUCAACUCGGGCAAUGCGAAUGCCGUGACCGGCAUCGGAGGCCUUCAAGAUGCCGCCAGGAUGGCCGAGACGACUGACCAGAGGGUCGGCACCGAGAACUCAACAAUCGUCAUGAGCACAGGAGUCAUUGGUCAGAGGCUGCCCAUUCAAAAGAUUGUCGACCAUAUUCCCCUGGCCAUCCAUCGCGCCGGCGCCACCCACAAGGACUGGCUCAACUGCGCAACGGCCAUUUGCACAACUGAUACCUUCCCAAAGCUCAUGUCCAGGCCGUUUGAGCUCCCUUCUUCUCCGGGGGUCGAGUACCGCAUUGCGGGCAUGACCAAGGGUGCCGGCAUGAUGGCGCCCAACAUGGCGACGCUCUUGGCCAUCUUGGCCACGGAUGCGCCCAUUGCCCCCGGCAUCAUGACCAAUGUUCUUCGACGCGCCGUCAACAGGUCCUUCAACUCCAUCACCGUGGACGGGGACACCUCCACCAACGAUACCGUCGCGCUGUUGGCAAACGGCGCCGCAGGCGGCACGGAGGUGUCGUCCGAGCAGUCGCCCGACUACGAUGCCUUCCAGACGGUGCUGACCGACUUUGCCACUGACCUGGCCAAGUACCUUGUCCGCGACGGCGAGGGCGCCACCAAGUUUGUCACCAUUCGCGUGGUCAACAGCGCGUCUGAAGAAUCCGCCCGCCAAGUCGCGCGAGCCAUUGCCCUCUCGCCGCUGGUCAAGACUGCGCUCUACGGCAGGGACGCCAACUGGGGCCGUAUUCUGUGCGCGGCUGGCUACUCGCUCAUCUCCAAGCCCGGGCAGCCUGUCAACGACGUUCCCGAGAUUGUCCCCGAGAAGACGAGCGUUUCGUUCAUCCCCACCGACGGGUCCAAGGAGCUCAAGCUGCUGGUAAAUGGUGAGCCGGAGGUUGUCGAUGAGAAGCGGGCGAGCGAGAUUCUAGAGAUGGAAGACUUGGAGAUCCUAGUGUCUCUGGGCACUGGUGAUGAGAGUGCCGUGCACUGGACCUGCGACUUGAGCCAUGACUAUGUUACCAUCAAUGGUGAUUACCGGACCUGA